UGCGCGCAUGGGCGGGAAAGUGACGGCGUGUUGUGCGGGAUGGUGUUGAUGGUGUGAUGAGCAUGUCGGGACUUGUUACGGGACACGCAGAAAAGAGGGCGUGGCCAAAGCGAGCACUUCGCGGGAGUGAGCGCGAGCUGCUGUCAUUACUGAAGCUCACAUCUUCUGCACGGUAUCAACAAGAGCUACUCACACAUCGAGGAAUUAUUAACGGCACGCGCCAUGAACGGAUUUACUCUGUAACUCGAGCAAACCGCGCGACAGAACAGGAAUAACGUUUAAGUGGCGCUGAAAGCACGAGGACGCCGCUUAUUGACCAAGCAAAUAAACACCAAGUGUCCUACUAACAGCAACACGCCAUAACCGAGCACUGGACUAAUAUCUACACAUUCCCAAACAACUGUCUCACAGCCACUUUUUUUUGCCAUGGCCCGGCCACAGCCGGACAGUAGGGUGGACGGUCAGAGCCCUGCGCAGCCGCAGACCUGCAGGAUGGAGGUGCUGCGCCGGGAUGCCUGGCCCAGCGGAGGCACACAGCUGAUUCUGCCGUCCAGACAACGACGCAGGACUGUGGCCACUCAGACCAGCACUGUAACAUCACCCGUUAUUUCCACACAGGACACUGUGAGCAUGGCCAGGUCCCCUCAACAGGAAGGUCCACUCAGAGAUAGCUCAGGAACCGAGCAGGAUAGGUCCUGUCCCAACAGGAGGCAGCAGCCCUUGCCCGAUCUCCUUCCCGAGAGCAGUAGCUCAUCUGCACAAUCAAGCCGUCGAGGCUCUGCGGCUGAUGAGGAGUCCAUGGAGGAGGAACAAGUGGUGGGCAGAGUGGCCAUCCAGCUGAGAACCAUAGGAGAUGAGAUGAACGCUGUUUACCUUCAGAGAAGGAACGAGGGCGCGCAGUGGCAGAACUGGAGAGGCCUGUACCGUGGCCUGGUCGCCUUCCUGGCCGACACCAUCAGCACCCUCUACCAGCUCAGAUAAACGGACGGGUAUUUGGCACUGCAGGGGGGGCGCCGGCGCUCCCCAACACAGCCUCUAAUCUACUGCACUGGCUCGGGGAUAUUUCUGCAGGCCCAGAAUGCACUGUGGAGUUUUUUUUUUUGUUGUUGUUGUUCUCUUGUUUGUUUGUGUUGUUUCUCAGUUGUAUAUGUUGUAUAUUGGUUAUUUAGUGUCUCUUUUGGGAGGAGUUUCAUGUAGCAAGUGACUGAAGUGUGUGUCGGUGUGGGGGCAUGUUAAGGGGGAGAAAUGCUUGUGCCUGUCUACAUCUGAAGCUGUGAAGCACAAUCGGUUGAACGUUUGUUUAUUUUUGGAAAAUUUCUUUUUAUUUUUGACCAAUCUGAAGGCCUGGGUACUCAGAGAAUCUUUGAUGGGUCAAUAAAUGUGUCAAAAAAUGUGUUUAGACAAUGGCCAAUUCACUAAUAUAGAUCAUUUGUGAUUAUGAUCUAAAUUAUAUUCACAUUCAUUUACUCUCCAACCCUGUGUUUACACUAGCAAGAAACAGAGCAAUAUGGCAACUGUUCAUUUUCUAUGUAAGCAUACGACACAGAUCCGUGAUUCCUGAUACAGAGCAGCAUUUAAUGUGUUAUUUUCUCAAUUCUAAGCAAAUUAGCAAUUACACAGUAAAAUGACAAACCCAAAAAUGCACUGGAAGAAUCCUGUGCCAUAAUUGUCCCCCAAACCUGUUCUCUUAAAAUUUCACUUUUUGGUUCCCCCGUUCAACCAUAUUUGGAACUCAAAAUAGGAAGAAAAAGUAUGAUUUAUAAUUUUUUUGGGUUUUAAGUACAACAUAAAAUACAUUAAACAAAGAUAACAUGGCAAUAUGCGUAAAUUUAUACAUUUUAGCUCCUACUAACUUUUAUCGGAACCUAAAGAAGUCAGAAGCGUAUGUCCAUAUACGACAAACUGUAAGCAACAUCAGCGCUUUGCACCUUGCUAGUGUGAACGCAGGGUCAACAUACAUCCAAGUAUGACAAGCAUUCAAAACCAAAUGCCAAAAUUCAGUCUAUCCAGGUCUUCAGAAAGCACUAAUUGAAAGGAUGGGCUGUACCUCAGGCACUGGAAAUGCUGUUUCUGCUCUUAGCGGCCUUACAGAGCAAUACUGCGUCACAGCACAGGGAAAAGGGCACUACUAAACGAGACUUUCAAAAUAAGAGACGGUCAGGCCACAGGGACAGACGGGCCUUUCAAUACCACACACUUCCUCUACAGCGAACCCAGUGUGGUGAAUGUGCCUUACAUCACCCUUUAAAAACCUACAUGUGCUUGAUUUAGCAGGGGCAGUCAGUGAACGGUGUUUGGGGUGGGGUGGGUGGUGGGGUAAAGGGUCAGUGCCUUGGUGCUCCCACCCGUACGUACACUUUGGAACACGACAUUCACCACUCAUUUCAAAGAUUGAUCACCUCCAAUGGAGGCUCUAGAAUUGAGGCCGGAAGCCGUGUGGAUCCACCAGACCACAGGCUAUCCAAAUGGCUGGGUAGCAGUGUUAAUAUUUGUAAUGAACUUGUAUGUAAAUAUUUUGGGAGAAAAUGGCAACAGGCAAGAGAUGGAAGGAACUGGCCGUUCUCAUCCCAGUGUAUCAUGUAUAUUUUGGUGAAACUUUAAAGUACUUAACAGUUCCUUGUUUUUGUUUGAAAGCUAUAUGUCACAUUUAUGUUUUCCUGAACUUUUUAUGGACCAAUGCAGGGAGGUUAGCAAACUUAAAUCCAAGAACUAUUUAAAUGUUCACAAAAGUAUCUAGAUUUGGAUAUACGAUUUUCCCAAGAUUUUAAAACAGAUUUAGUUUGUGAACAUUCCCCUUACAAAUAUCUAUCCUGAGAAACAAAGGUUAAACUAUUUAUUUUUCUGUCCAUUUCUGUGCUUGGUCCUUAGUGAGGAGUAGGGAAGUAACUGAUUUAUUUGGUUUAAAAACUUUAAGGUAAUGUUAUCAACUAAAGUUAUUUUCAUGAAUUAUUAGGAAGAUUUUUUAUGUCCUAUAAGCAAGGCUUAUAAAGAUCAACCAGAUUGAAUGAGCAUGGAGAUAAAGUUUAGUUCUCUGGGAAUCAUACUGUAUGUAUUUGUAUCGCCAAUUUUUUUUGUAAUAAAACCUACAAACCCCUCAACAAAACUACAAAGAAGUAAGAAGCAAAAGAUACAAAAUUUAUUUCUGCUGUAAUUUAAUUACUGGUCAUGAUUUUGCUGCAAUAAGAUUAUGGAAGAAACUGAGCCAGACCUUUUUUACUUGAAGACAAAAGUUUCAAUAUGUAGGCUCACUGUCUUUGGACGGUGAACCUCUGGGGCCUUCAACUAGGUUGCUUGCAUGUUGCCAUUGCUCUCACAUGGAGUUCAUGGGCGUGUAUCUAACAAACCACAUAUGCGACGUCUGUGGGUAAACCAUGUGAAAACCUUGUUAGCACUCUCCUUUUUUGGUCCUCUUUUUCACGUGGGUACUGUACUGUAGUUCUGAGCAUUACCAGAGGUCAGUCUUGUGACUGCCUGUCUUAUGAUUUCCUGUGUAAAGCAGUGGUGUAUACCACUUCCUGUGGACAGUGUGUGGCUUUUUGUGGAUAGGUGUAUUCUCUGAUGCACUCUCUCCCUGAGGGAAAGGCCUUAAGUGUGAACUGUGAACAUCACACUAUGCUCAAGCUCAUGUCAAUCUCAUUUUCUAGCCUUGUACAUUUGCUGUUUGGACUUUUUUCUAUCAAUUUUCUAUAUGAAUUUUCGUAUGUUUUUCCCCCUUUGCCUUUUUAAAAUAAAGAGAAAUGAGACAGUA